GAAGUUUGACAAGAAUUACAAUGCUUUUGAGGAGUUUACUCUUACUGAUAUCUCUCAGCAACGUAUUCACUGCAGAAUCAUGGAGGAAGCCUGGGUGUCAUCGAAUCGGUCAUACCAGAAAUAUAAGCAUACCGGAUUGCGUAGAAUUCAAAAUAACUACAAACGCUUGUCGCGGAUUUUGCGAAUCCUGGUCACUUCCUAGCAUCAUGUUAGGCUUCAAGCGUCAUCCCGUUACAUCUCUGGGUCAAUGCUGCAACAUAAUGGAAUCCGAAGACGUACCAGUCAAGGUGUUAUGUUUAGAUGGAGAAAGAAACUUGAUAUUCAAAUCAGCUGUUACGUGCGCAUGUUAUCACUGUCAAAAAGAAUAA